AUGGCGGAAAAUGUUGUAGUACCUCCGCCGAGGUUACACCCCAAUGUGCUACCACCGCCAGGCUUGCAUCCGACCGCACCGAGAGAAUAUCGACCACCGCUGUCGAUCAUCAAGUUUCUCGAGCUGUCGCUGGCAAUUACCUGCACCACCCUGCACUACUACAGCUUCGACGAUGGUGAUCUGGUGACGGGAUUUCUUGCCACCGGGACGUUCUGUGGGUUUAUCGUGAUUCUUUUCACCGUAAUGGCAGGCUACCUGAUGAAGGCCCAUCUCCAUCGCCGGUUAAGCAUCUUCUACAGCUUGCUCGGCUGCGCCUGCUUCCUAACGUCCGGCGUGUUCGUCAUCGAGGCGUGGGAGCACGCAUUCCGCACACGGACGCGUGAUCUCGCCAUUACCAAGGGUUCGAUAUCGGUCAUCAAUGGUGUGAUCUUUCUGAUGGACACGAUCUUUACCUUUCGUGACCGAAAGUGAAACGCGCGCGACGGUG